CUGGCCCCGCCGGCGCCGCCGCGCCGCUGUCCCCUCCGCGGGCUCCCAAUAAAGUUUUGUUGCGAGCGGGCGCUGUGGCGGCUGUGGCCCAGCCGGCGUUUGCAGCUUAACGGACGCUCGCCGCGUGCUGUGUUGCCGCGGCGAGGAGGCCGCCUCACUCCGAGCCGGAACUAAAUUGGAGGAAUCAUCAUUAUCUUUGAUGUGAAGACUUCAUCACUGACAUCUAUAUGGUUCAUUUGUCAGCCUCCAACAAAAAAUACAGCUCAUCAGUGGCAAUAACUGCUUCUGGUAUACACUGACAUUCAUUUGAAAAAAAACCCAGCAAAACAAAACCCAACAAACCUUUUGAAGACUUGUGUCAAAUGACGUCAAUGGCCAGUUUGUUCUCCUUUACUAGCCCAGCUGUAAAGCGUCUAUUGGGCUGGAAACAAGGAGAUGAAGAGGAAAAAUGGGCAGAAAAAGCUGUUGAUGCUUUGGUAAAAAAGCUGAAAAAGAAGAAGGGUGCUAUGGAAGAACUGGAGAAAGCCUUGAGCAGUCCAGGGCAGCCUAGCAAGUGUGUUACUAUCCCCCGCUCUUUAGAUGGCCGACUUCAAGUUUCUCACAGAAAAGGCCUUCCCCAUGUAAUUUACUGUCGUGUUUGGCGUUGGCCUGAUCUACAAAGCCAUCACGAGCUGAAGCCAUUGGAUAUUUGUGAAUUUCCUUUUGGAUCUAAACAGAAGGAAGUCUGCAUCAAUCCAUACCACUAUAAGAGGGUGGAGAGCCCAGUUCUACCUCCAGUGUUAGUGCCUAGACAUAGUGAAUUCAAUCCACAGCACAGUCUACUAGUUCAGUUCAGGAACCUAAGCCACAAUGAACCACAUAUGCCACACAACGCGACAUUUCCAGAUUCUUUCCAGCAGCCCAACAGCACUCCGUUUUCCAUUUCACCCAACAGUCCCUAUCCGCCUUCUCCAGCCAGCAGCACUUACCCAAGCUCCCCAGCUAGCUCUGGACCAUCUAGUCCAUUUCAGCUACCAGCUGAUACUCCACCACCUGCAUAUAUGCCUCCUGAUGAUCAAAUGGGGCAGGAUAAUUCUCAGUCUAUGGACACAAGCAAUACAAUGAUUCCUCAAAUCAUGCCAAAUAUAUCUACCAGAGAUGUUCAGCCAGUUGCCUACGAAGAACCCAAACACUGGUGUUCCAUUGUGUAUUACGAAUUAAACAAUCGUGUUGGCGAGGCUUUUCAUGCAUCUUCUACAAGUGUCCUAGUCGAUGGGUUUACAGAUCCCUCCAAUAACAAAAACAGGUUCUGCUUAGGUUUACUCUCAAACGUUAAUCGCAACUCAACGAUCGAGAACACUAGGCGGCACAUUGGAAAAGGAGUUCAUCUCUACUAUGUUGGUGGAGAAGUCUAUGCUGAGUGUUUAAGUGAUAGCAGCAUAUUUGUACAGAGCAGGAACUGCAACUACCACCAUGGCUUUCAUCCAACAACUGUGUGCAAGAUUCCCAGCGGGUGCAGUCUGAAAAUUUUUAACAAUCAGGAGUUUGCUCAGCUUUUAGCUCAGUCUGUCAACCAUGGAUUUGAAGCAGUGUAUGAGCUCACCAAAAUGUGCACAAUUCGAAUGAGUUUUGUAAAGGGCUGGGGAGCUGAGUAUCACCGACAAGAUGUCACGAGCACCCCGUGCUGGAUAGAAAUUCAUCUUCAUGGGCCGCUCCAGUGGCUGGAUAAAGUACUUACACAAAUGGGUUCUCCUCUUAAUCCCAUCUCAUCUGUUUCAUAGUGCUGAAAUUCUACCUUCAGCCUUAUUUUUAGCGAACUUAUUCUAAUUCUAGAGAAACUUCCAGUGUGGAUACUGUGAGCUACAUGGAGAAUGGAUCUUAUGGUUUAACUUUUUUGUUUUAAAUCCCUUUGUGACCAAUUCCAUUGUGUAUAGAUGAUCAGUUUUACAUUUCAAGUUAAUAUGCGAUGCUUAAGUGACAGUUGAGCCCUAAGGGAAAAAAAAAAGUAUUGAAAAAUUCAGAACACUUUUCCCCUCCUUCCCCUAGAACUUACAGACAUAUGUCUUAACUGGAAAAAGUGUUAUUUUUUUUGUCCUGUAGGGACAAGAAUUAUGAAGACUGACUUCAGAAAAUAAAUACAUAUCAUAGUUUGGGAUUUUUAAAAAAAUGUUUAUGAAACUGUUUGAACAUGUACAGCUCUAGCUUGCAAGCUGUUUUUUUGGCAUAGUUGUUUAACAUCUUGAGGUUGACAUCUGUCAUAAGCAAAAUUAGACUUUAUUACAGCUAAUUUGCCUCAGAUUGAACAAUGUGAUUUUUUUUUUAAGUGUACACAUGAAAUAUACUUUUUACAGAUAUUGGAGUGGUGUAAAAACACUUGUAUUGUCUAUUGGAAAAUGCUGUCAUAAACACACUGUAUAUUAGUGCAGAAUAGCAGUUCUUAGCCUUUUCCCACUUCAGUUUUGUAAUAUCUCUUUUAACUACCAUUUUAAAUAGUAACUGAUACAAGGUAAACAUCUUACAUGUUUCUCAAGUAGGAAUUCUUGUUUUGCUUUGAUUUACACUCAUGCCAUUUGGAUUUGGUUGCCAAGGCUAUUUCUUUUUAGGUACCCUUCUCUAUUUUAACAUAAACACUACUAUUUGUAAAUGGCAGUACUUAACUACUUUUUGGAAGGAAUAAGGUUUUUUUUUUGUUUGUUUGUUUUCUUUUUGGUGUUCUAGCUGUUUAUUUUACCUGUCUGGAAUUGAUCUGUGUUAGGCGUUUUUAAUCUCUCAGUAGACAUUACGCAGUAUUAGUGAUUACACUGUAUUUAAUUCACUUUCAGUAUGAGUUUUGAGUCUCUUUGAAGACUGUGAGUGGCUUAGCAAAUUAGUAACGGUGUGCAGAAGCUUUUACUUCCAGAUCAUGUAAUUUAAUACAGACCUGUUGGUAAUGACCAAAAGUAAUCACUUCUUUGUAGCCUAUGUGAAAAACGGUGGUCUCGAUCCUGUCCCUGAUGGCAGGUGUUCAAUCAGAAGACUUGUAACUGUAGUUGGCAGCUUUAUGAGAUUGAUGGACUGCAUUAAUACGACGAUGAAAUUUCUCUCACAUGUAAGGAAUCCUGUUGCCUGUGCUGUUGUAUUACUCGGUAGAGAAUUCAAACACUGUACUAAACACUAAAAGGAAUCAGUUAAAUAACAUAUGCAUAUUUUUUUCCCUUUAAAUAAUAAAAAAGGAGACUGAAAGAAA